GCGACCAGAUCCUGACUUAAAAUUGAACUAGGAUCACCGGAAGAGGAGGAAAUACUCACUCAAAAAGAAAGCAAAGUCCUGAGCUUCGGUAUGGCACACAGCGAUUCAGACUCUGGAAGCUCUGUUGGUAGCAUCCACGAAGACAUAAGCGAACCCGAUACCACAACAUUCAAGUGCUUGUUCUGCGAUCAGCAAUGUAGUCGCGUGUCGGACAUGACAACGCAUUGCAAGACUGAACACAGCUUCGAUUUGAACGAGACUAUCAAAAAUCUUGGAUCAGACGCGGAUGAGCUCACAAUCAUCAAGCUCGUCAACUACCUACGAGCAGAGGCAGAGAAGAGCACAGACCCCAAGAGUAUCAAGAUAUCGCUGAAAGAUCUCGAAAGUGACAAGUACCUCCAGCCUGUGCUAGAAGAUGACGCUCUGCUAUUUGAGCUAGGGGAUCUGAUGCCAGAUUCGGAUUCCAAGGUUGUGGACUACGACGAGUAUGAGGCAGUCAUGCACAAAGAGAGGCCAGAAGAUCUGUCCAAACUGAAAAUCACCAGCGAUCGGGAUGAGGACUAUUUCGAGUCGUACAAGGGCAAUGGUAUCCACCGGGAGAUGAUCGAGGACCGUGUACGAACAGAAAGCUACCGGGACUUUAUCGAGAAGAAUCCCGAUGUUUUUGCAGGAAAGACCGUUCUUGAUGUUGGGUGUGGGACUGGAAUAUUAUCGUUGUUCUGCGCGAGAGCGGGUGCGAAGAAGGUGUUCGCGGUCGACAACUCCGGCAUUGCACUACGCGCGAAAGAGAUCAUCGCAAAGAACGGGUACUCAGAUCGCAUCGAGGUGAUCCAAGGGAGAGUGGAGGACUUCAACACGCAACGUCUGAUUGGGAAAGAGAAGGUCGACAUCAUCAUUUCGGAGUGGAUGGGCUAUGGUCUGCUGUUCGAAGGCAUGCUUGACUCGGUUCUCCGCGCGCGAGACAUGUAUUUGAAAGACGGAGGCAUCAUGGUUCCCAGCCACUGCAACAUCCGCCUUGCCCCUAUCUCGGAUGCCAACUGGAUAGCUGACAGCACGGGAGAGAAGUUCUGGAAAGACAUCUAUGGGUUCGAUUUCUCGCCCAUGAUACCUGGUGGGCUCCUGAACACACACGAGAUCGGCGUAUUUGACGUCCCUGAGAAAGCGCUCAGUGGCUCUGCAACAUCUCAUCUGCUCGAGAUGAAGACUGUUUCCGUCGAGGAGCUGAGCUUCAAAAUUCCUCUACAGAUGAAGCUCGACCGUGACGUCCAGUCUCUAGAAGCCAUCGCCAUAUGGUUCGACACCAUAUUCAUCCAUUCCGGUAGCACACAGGACGUCAAGACACUAGACAACGUUGACUGGGGGAAGAAUGGUAUUCCUGGGCUUGGAUUCUCAACUGGACCGGCGAACACGCCGACACAUUGGCACCAGGCGGUCCUGCUACUGGAUGAGAAAGUGGCGGAGAAGCAAAAAUUCAAGGCUGGGACAGUGUUGGAGGGUACGUUGACGUACGCGAAGGAGAAGGGCGAUGAUCGGGGGAUCACGGUGACGGUGGAGUGGAAGGGGCAGGGUGAGCAGGGUGAGGUCGUGGGGAACGUGCAGAGGACGAUGGCUUAAGCUUGGUGAUGAGCUAUCAGGGUGGUUAUGCGAAAAGUCUUUUUUGUUCUUGCGGCAGGGUAUGAGCCUCAGGCGCUGGUAUUAGAUGGGAAGUUCGCGAAUUCGAAUUUGAUAGAGUUCAUCAAACGGACAUUUAGAGUUUGGC